AUCUAGGCGGAAAUCUAAACUAUAUCGAUAAUUUUAGUUAGUUUGCGAAUCUAAAGUUCGACUUAUCCGUUGGAUUUAUUGAUGGGCUUGGGUCUAAGAUCACAGGCGGUCGCCGCUUGAAUAGGCUAAGCUCAUUGUGGUCUCGCGAAUCACGGUCCCUUCCUUUCCUCCCGAAAUUCCUUUCGGAUGGGGCAACAAGACCCGAUCUUUCGUCUGGAAAAGGACAUUAGGUUUUCGUUCCUGUAGAUGUAUUUGCUGCGUUUGAGAUUUUGGAACCUUCUCCACUCUGGAUGUUUUUCUAGGGUUCCUUGGGAAUUGACGCUGGUUGAUUUUAGCUAGGGUUCUGAGUUGCAUCAAAUUUUUUAUGCUGUUCUUAGCUGUUCGUCGUAGGUGCUAAUAAGAACGUGGACUUGCAUUCUGCUUUGAUCGAGUAUUGGUUUGCAGUUGGACUUCAUAGAUAUGCAAGGAACAAUAAUAGAUGAGGAUGCUGUGGACUUGGAGAGUGGCAUGAGUUUGGCUAUGCGCGAACAGGAAGGAACAAAAGAUGUGGCUUCUAGCGCAGGGCAGGGAAAGAAUGCAUUGUAUAAGGGAUCAAAUGAUUCGAAAGGCGAACAAGUUCCGAACAGAAUGGCCAUUCAUGCCGAGCUUCCUGUCGCAAAUGCUGAAAUUUCAUUGGACAGGAGGGAUGGAGAAGAAAAGGAGAGUUUGUUGAAAUUGGGAGCUGAGAAGGUGAAAAAGAAACGCUGUAAAAAACCUCCAAAACCUCCCCGUCCUCCAACAUCUUCGCCUUUCGAUGACACUGAUCAGAAGUUGAUUAGAGAGAUAUCUGAGCUCGCCAUGAUGAAGCGGGCUAGGAUUGAGAGGAUGAAAAAGAUGUUGAAAAAUGGCAAAUCAUCAUCUUCUAGUGGCAACCUCUGUGCCAUGAUUUUUACCAUUCUUUUUUGCCUCCUAAUAAUAUUACAAGGAGCAUUAUCACGGAGCAAUUCUAACAUCAAUCAUCAUGGUUCGCCUGAAUCUUCUGUACAAGUUCGCGGUGGAUUCAUCUCUCUUCAAUUUAACAAGGGUGCCUCAGUAAAUGGCCUCAACGCGCCCCACUUAGCAUCCCCACCUGAUGUAGGGCCUCAGACUAACUUAAUCGGGCAUUAGAUGGAAAGCAGAACCGGAGGAUAACAGACCCUGAAGGUCUUGAUCUGAGUCCUACCAUCUAUGCAGAAAUCACUUGUAGUUCCUGCAAGGAAUAGUUUUGUAUGCUACUUACCCUCUUGUCACACAUUUAUAUCCUUUUUGGCUUUGACUAAAACAUAUCGUCUGUAUAUUUACUCGUAACCGCGCUUUGUACAUUCGAGUCUGUAACUCCUGGAUGGCAGAUUCUGUUGCACAUUAGUUCGCAUUGCUAAGGGUUUCGAGUUGGCAUUCUUUUGGCCUUGGACAAGUGCAGUUCUUGGACUAUAAAUAUAAGAGGAUGACUCUUUUUAGCAUGUA